AUGAAUACAACACCACCGCAAGUUUCAACAAUUUCAACUUCAACAACUUCAACUAGUACUAAUACUCAUCAUCCUCGUGUGGAACAUGAGAAUGUAUCAGAUAUACUUGAAAAUGGUUUUAAGAAAAUGGAUAAAAUGUACACAAAUGGCGAACUGAGAGUGUUUGGAGAUAAUUCGGAUAGUAUAUUUGAAGAGUUAGAUUUAAUACGUAGAAAACAGAUCGCUUUGGCUAUUGAGCAUAUAGCAUUGGAAAACCUACCCGAUGAAGAAAUAUCACUUAGCAGAGAAACAACUGAAGAUUCAGAAGAGAAUUUCAAACGUAAUUCUGAACGAUUUGCUAAAAAAGAACAAGAUUUAAAUAAUUUGAUGAAUAAUUUGAAUAAUUUGAUGGUAAAGAUUUUGGACAAUCCAUGA